ACACACAUACACUCAUAUAGGUAUAUCUUGCAUACUUUUAUUUCGUCUCGUAUCGGUAAUAUAUUUUGUUGAUAUUGAUGUGAGCAUAUGUCAGUUUGGCGGAAAAGAACUGCUUGUUCUACAUAUCAACAACAGCAACAACAGGCGCAGUAGUAGUAACAGCAACUCAGAGAAACACGCCACAGAACACAUAAUAUCAACACGAGAUAUAUGAAUGACCCAAACAAAAACUUCCAGUUUAUUUUUCUGGCUUCUGUUAUUGCUAGUUAGCCUUUUGUUGUUUUAGAAUUAUUUGUUUUAUUUCUGAUUGCUUUUUUUUUUUAAAUAACACGAAUGGAUUUUUGAUAAUUUCAUUACCUUGAACAAGGAGUACAUCUGUUGAGAAAAAUAGAAACUAACUGAUCGUCAAAAAAGCUCAGAAACUCCACUCCGUAACGAAAGGGUGCCGUCUUAUAUAUUAUUGAUAUAAAAGAUAUCUAAAUCAUACAAGUAUAUGCAUAUAAUUAUAUAAGUAUAACGAAAUGCGAUGAGCUUGUGUUGUUAGUAUGGAAAACAUGAGAAAUCAGUGAGGACAAGAAAAUUUAGAAAGUAAAACAAAUUGAUUUUUUUAAAUUAAAAAAAAAAAAGAAAUACCUGAUAAACAAACAAAACAAACGACAUUUAUUUCAAUAUGUAUCUUUUCGUUGUUUCUUCUAGAGGACUAUGGCAUCUAGAAAUAACAAACAACAAAGUCAGUGUUUUAGACAACACCCGAAAUAACAACCUAUCACUCUCUUUUUAACGCAUACAUAUAUAUAUAUAUUUAUUCUUACACACUUAUAUAUCAUAUAUGUUAUACAUGAAAGAUUCGGCUGAUCACUAUGUAAACGGACGUGCUGAGGAACUAAAAACAGUGAACAUGCAGCUUGGGUCGACACAAGGCUAACUUCUUAAUCACUCGUCUCCACAUGUUGCCUUUUCCAUAUACGUUGAUGUAAAUAUGGUUCCACUGCAAAUAUUUGGAGUAGUGUUUGGCGUUAUUGGAGCUUUUCUAGUCGUUGCCAUAUUUUUGCUGUGUCGUGCAGUCCGGCGGAAGAAAGGAGAUUUACUAAGUCCAUCUUACCGAGCUAUAGGAGAUUACAACCCAGCUAUGACCUCGCUAUCCAUCUCUUCUGGAUCAAAUCAGGAGUUACAGAUGACGAAAGAAGCUAAGACUGUUCAACCCCAUUCAUCGUCUACUUCGACAGUAUCCAGAGGUAGCACACGUAGCGACCAACAUCCAGAAGAAACCAGCAGCAUCAGCGCACGAAGUGAUACCAGUGUCGAUAGCUCUGUAUUUGACGCAUCUUUUGGCUCCAUUCGACCGGAUCUUUACCCACGCAAAGAAACUAUCUUACAACAAUGCUCUCAACAGAAGUGUUACGGUCGACUUCACUUGCGUCUCAAGUAUGACUUUAGGACUUCUGACCUUGUUGUACACCUGAUUGAAGUCCAUGACCUCAUGUGCCCAGAUUCAACCUCCGGAUUUAGCGACCCUUAUAUCAAACUGUUUCUUUACCCAGAAGUAGACGAAAGGCGUCGACAAUCAUCGGUCCAACGUCGAACUUUGAAUCCAUUUUUCAAUGAGUUUUUCAAAUUUCCAAUUCCUUACGAAGACUUACAAGACAAAUCUCUGAUAUUUCAAGUCUUUAACUACGACAAGUUUUCUCGACACAGCAUCCUGGGAGAAGUUAACGUUGACUUAAAUACCGUCGAAACUUCCAGUAGCGUCGAGAUCUGGAGUGAUAUACAGCGAUAUCAGCGGCAUGCUUGCACGAUGGGGGAAUUACUCAUUUCGCUGAGUUAUCUUCCAACGGCCGAAAGGUUAACUGUUGUCAUCAUCAAAGCCAAAGACCUAAGAAUACUUGGACCAGCAGAAGAAUCAGACCCCUUUGUUAGAAUAUCAUUAAUUGUUGAUGGCAAGAAAAUUAAAAGAAAGAAAUCGUCAGUACAGAGAAGUACAUCGUCGCCAGUUUGGAACGAAGCGUUAACUUUCAAUGUUCCGGCCGAGAUUUUACCAAAAGUGGCCCUUGAGUGUUGUGUGUGGGAUCAUGAUAUUAUAGGCCACGGUGAACUAAUUGGAAAGUGUACACUAGGACCGGAGAGGCAAGGAAACGAACGCAAACAUUGGAUGGAACUGCUUAGCUGUCACAGAACAUCCACAGCCAUGUGGCAUAGCUUACACAAAUGACUAUUGACAGGUCCAGAGAAACUUAUUUCCUUUCUUUUUCUCUAUAUUGCAAAGAACAUUUCUAUAAAUAUUUGUUGUGUUUAUAAUUAUUUUUCACUGUCAGUUUUCUAUGAUAAUUAUUUGCUUGAAAAGAAAAAAAAAUCAUUAAUGUAGCCAAAAAUUGAGAUUCUCAACUAAAAACAAAACCAAAAAAAAACGGGAGACUGAGUGAUUCACAGAGCGUGCGAGAGAGAGAGAGAGAGAGAGAGAGAGAGAGAGAGAGAGAGAGAGAGAGAGAGAGAGAGAGAGAGAGAGAGAGAGAGAGAGAGAGAGAGAGAGAGAGAGAGAGAGAGGAGUGUGUGUAGAAAAAAGAAGAUAAUACUGAAGGAGAGAAAUGCUAAACAAAACAAAAUGUCUGGAUGAAUUGCAAAGAUUUAUUAAGUGCAAUUUACUCCAAAAUAUAUUAAAUCUGUACAUAAUCAUUUUGCUUUACUUCGCCACCUAUAAUACAUAUAUAUACAUAUAUAUACAUAUAUAUAUAUAUAAACAUUGUCUAAUAUUUUGCUUGAUAUUGCUGUCAAUAAUAUAUUUUACCAAACUGUUUAAAACCAAAAUUGCUUUACUGUUUUUUAAAAAAUUAUUACUGUUACAAAAUUUGGAUCCUAAAAGAAACAAAAUUAAUGAAUAAUCAAAUAAAUUCUUACUUUUAGCUAAAUUUAUUAGACUAAUGAUUAGCAGAAAAUAUAUAUAAUUUUACUUUUAAGAAAAACAACAUUAUGGAAAAAAAAUAAUAAAGCAGUUAUAAGAUUUCUUUAAGCCAAAUGUUGUGCUGAUACAUAAAUUAAACAUUAAGGAGAAUAGAGCAAGAGAGUUGAUUGAGAAUCGAAGCAGGAAAACGCUGGUUUCUCAUUUGAUAUCUCUACGUUUACGACUAUAAUAACGCUUACUUGUAAGCUUAGCUAUGCAGUUGAAAAAGUAUUCAUUUGAAUCCUUAUGUAUGCCUUUGUUUGUGUUGUUUUGCUGUUCUUAUUACGCUGAGCACUGAAACUUUUCAAAUAUUAGUUUAUUCAUUAAUGUGGUGCGCUGGCAGAAACAUUAGCACGCCGGGCAAAAUGCUUUGUGGCAUUUCGUCUGUCUUUACGUUCUGAGUUCAAAUUCCGUCGAGGUCGACUUUGCCUUUCAUCCUUUCGUGGUUGAUAAAUUAAGUACCAGUCGAGCACUGGGGUCGAUGUAAUCGACUUACCUUCUCCCCCCAAAUUGCUAACCCUGCGCCAAAAUUUGAAAUCAAUAUUAAUUUAUUCAUAUCUACAAAAAAAAAAUAAUAAUAAUCACAAUGAAAAAGGAAAUGAAAAAGAAAUAAAGAGCAAAAUUUGGCUGAUUUUGUUUGAUUGAAUGAUCUGGCAGUCGCCAUUUUCAGUGUUAGAAUAAUGAGGCAGUAUUUGAAACCAAUACUUCACGUAACAACUUCAAAUGGCAGACUCAAAACAUGAAUAUACACGAAAAUACGCAUUCAAAAGGAUUCAAAAAGGACUUUCAAACUGAGUGGAUAGGAAUAAGUGUUGAAAAUAGAGGUGAAUAAAUAUUAUUAUAGGUAUUAUAUUAUAACAGAAAAUAAGUAAUGUGAUCAAGGAGAAAAGUAGCUUGUCAUUUGUAACAACAUUCACGUUGAUAUUAUAUAUCUGCUUUCAAAACAAAAUUUAAGAUUUAAUAACCCCUUCAGUUCUAUCUUACUGAGUCACAAGAAAGAAAGAAAGUAAGGAAUUCAAAUUUAAACACAAAACUCUCUUUAAAAUUACAUGAAAGGAAAAAAAGAUAUGAAGGAUAUUUGAGAGAUGUUUAAAAGAAAAAAAGAAAUAUAUGAUUUACACGAGCUGUGAUAUAAGAAAAAGAAUCAGGUAUGAAAUAAAAAUGUUAAAACUAUGACAAUUGUAAUGUAGACAUAAAUAUAUUAGCAGAAUAUUUUGAUUAAAAAUAUCAAAAUAUUGGAAUAAAAUCAGCUCG